AUGUCUCCUGCGCAUCGGUGUAGGGGGCUGAGGGCCGCGGUGGCUGCCAGCGUGGGGUUGAGCGAAGGGCCCGCGGGCUCCGCCCGGAGAGGCCGCCUCCUCCACCCGUCGAGGGCCGCUCCAGCAGCGCCGGGGGCCCGCCUGUUGCGGCUGCCGGGGAGCGGGGCUGUGCGGGCCGCAAGCCCGGAGCGAGUCGUCUGGACCGAAGCGUUGCGGGCCGCCGUGGCCGAGCUGCGCACCGGCGCCGUGGUGGCUGUCCCCACCGAUACGCUGUACGGCCUGGCCUGCUCGGCGAGCUGCUCGGCGGCACUGGGCACUGUGUACCGCCUCAAGGGCCGCAGCGAGGCCAAGCCGCUGGCAGUAUGCCUGGGCCGCGUGGCCGACGUCUACAGGUACUGCCAUGUGAGAGUACCUGAGGGGCUCCUGAAAGAUCUGUUACCAGGACCAGUGACCCUAGUAAUGGAACGCUCGGAAGAGCUCAACAAGGACCUGAACCCCUUCACUCCACUUGUAGGCAUCCGGAUUCCUGACCAUGCCUUCAUGCAGGACUUGGCCCAAGUGUUUGGGGGACCACUUGCUCUCACCAGUGCCAACCUCAGCUCCCAGGCCAGUUCUCUGAACAUCCAGGAGUUCCAGGAUCUCUGGCCUCAGUUGUCCCUGGUUGUUGAUGGGGGACCAAUUGGGGAUGGCCAGAGUCCUGAGUGUCGCCUAGGCUCAACUGUGGUUGACUUGUCUGUGCCCGGGAAGUUUGGCAUCAUUCGUCCAGGCUGUGCCCUAGAAGGCACUGCUGCCAUCCUCCAACAGAAGUACGGGCUGCUCCCCUCACAUGGACCCUGCUUGGGAAACUCAGGAGAAGGGAGUACUGGACGCUGUGUGUCUGUCUGCUGGUGACUGGAAGGCCUCAUUUGCAGAGGCCUGGGGCGUCAGUGUCACUGUUUAAGGCAUUUUGUCUUUCUGAACACUGGAGACCAGGUCCCAGAAGCUUCUGGUGGGGGAGGUUAUAUUUAUUAUCUGUAACUUCAUAUAUCAGCAAAAAGCCGAGUAAAGACUUUAAGAACAUUCCUUGGA